UGUGGACCAUGGUGGCGGGGAAUACGCGCAACCUGCAACACAUGAUUAUUGUGUGUAGUGUCGGUGUUUGCGGUGUUUGAUGGAUGCUUCGAACAAUAAUAAGUUGACAGAUUAUUGUGCUUAAAAAUGGAAUAUUUAGUUGCGAGUGUGGAUCAUAUGAAAUUUGACAUAGAAAUUGCGUUGGAUGAACAAUAUGGAGCACUAUCAUUACCUUUCACGGGGAUGGAUAAAUCCAUCGCUGCUGUAUGUCAAUUCUAUCCCAGAGGUACUUGCAACAAAGGGGCAUCAUGUCCCUUCAGGCACGUACGUGGCGACAGAACAAUUGUUUGUAAACAUUGGCUGCGAGGACUUUGUAAAAAAGGAGAUCAAUGUGAAUUUCUCCAUGAAUAUGACAUGACAAAAAUGCCUGAAUGUUAUUUCUAUUCACGUUUCAAUGCUUGUCAUAAUAAGGAAUGCCCCUUCUUGCACAUCGACCCGGAGACUAAAGUUAGAGAUUGUCCAUGGUACGACAGAGGAUUUUGCAGGCACGGACCCCUCUGCAGACACCGUCACGUUAGGAGGGUUCUCUGCAUGGCUUAUCUAGCUGGAUUUUGUCCUGAGGGUCCUAACUGUAAAUUUAUGCAUCCAAGAUUUGAACUACCGGCUGUUCAAGAUAUGCAACCAAAAGAAGGAAAGAAAGUUAUGAUAACGUGUCACUUCUGUGGCGAGGGGGGCCACAAAGCUAUGUAUUGUAAUAAAAUGCCUUCGGAUAUGAGAGAAGCUCAAGUGAGACAUGAACAAGAAGGUGGCGGUUCGCACUCGUCGCAUUAUCAUCACAUGAAUAUGCACAACGGUCCACCACCUCGAGGGCCACAAAAGCCUCUCGAAGAGGUGACUUGUUACAAAUGUGGUACAAAAGGACAUUACGCCAACAAAUGUCCAAAAGGUCAUUUAGCAUUUUUGAGUCACGCAGGUGGUGGCAGUGGUGGUGGUGGCAGUACUGGCAGUGGUGGAAGUGGCGGCGGAGGAGGAGGUGGAGGUUCAGGAGGUGGAAGUGGAAACCCUGGUUACAGAAGAUGACUCUUUUUGAGUUAUUUUCUUAUUUGGACUUAUGAAGAUUUGGUUAAAAACAGAAAUAAAUUUCUUUUGUAUAUGUUAACAUUUUUACUUUAUUUUUCAUUCGAAUAAACAAUAAAAUAGGAAUUCGAAAAGAAAAA